UCGAUCGGCCGGUUGGCCCGCUUCGAUCUCCAACGACUCAACGGCCGGUGGUGUUCUCCCUUCCCGUCUCCGGUGCGGCCGUGCUUGUCCAUUCCAUUCCAUCCGCGCGUGGCGUCACCCACCCCUCAACCCUUCAUCGGCGCCUGCGCCUCGCACGCUUUCCCCAACUCCCACUCCAACCACCACCGCCCAAAUAAUCCCGCGUCGCCUACCCGCCCCGCGCGACGCCAUGCUCUCUAUCUCCUUCCUCGCCAAGCUCCUCGCCAUCCUCCUCCGGGACAUCCUCCUCCACCUCCACGCCCCCACCAUCCCGUCCUCCGCGCACCACUUCUUCUCCACCUAGCGCUUGAACUCGCCUUGCUGCUCCCAUGACGAGAGCUCUACAGAGAUCUGGCAGCAAUAGCCUGGCCUCCCUGCUCCGCGCCGAGCCAGCGGACGAUGUGCUCCCCGACUGGAAGCCGACCGAGCGCGAUGGCCGCCGCCGCCUCCGCAGGAGGAGGAGCUGCCUCCGGCUGCCCCUCGGCGCGGCCGGUGGCUGCCGCGUCUGCGCCUGCGACGAGAUGGACUCCUCCGCCGCCGCCCCGCGCCGGCGCACGCCGGGGAACGACGAAGACGAGGACGGGGCCGCAGUGCAGUGCUUCGCCUGGAAGAAGGGUGACGCCGCCGCGGCGCGCGGGCCGUCGUCAGGAGCUGGCGGCGCGGGUGCGGUGGUGGUGACGGAGGCGGCCGCGGCCGCGGCCGCGGCGUCCCUGGCGGUGCUCCCGGACGACGUGAUGGAGAUGGUGCUGUGCCGGCUGCCGUUCGCCUCGCUCCUGGCGGCGCGGUGCGUGUGCAGGCGGUGGAAGGACCUCACCGUCGCUCCGCAGUUCCUGCGGAUGCGCCGCGAGGAGGAGACCGGGGAGCGCCGGGCGCCGUGGCUGUUCCUGUUCAGUGUGGACGGCGACGUCGGGUGGGGCGCCGCCCCUGCCCCGGCCGUGCACGCGCUCGACGUGGCCGCGCACCGGUGGCGCCGUGUCGGGGCGGCCGGGCUGAAGGGGAGGUUCUUGUUCUCCGUCGCCGGCGUCGGGGACGACCUCUACGUCGUCGGUGGCCGGUCCGGUGGCUCGGAUGCCAGCAAGGUGAAGACGCACAAGGGAGUGCUGGUGUUCAGCCCUCCCACCGGCUCGUGGCGGAAGGUGGCGCCCAUGCGGAGCCCGCGGUCUCGCCCGGUGCUGGGGGUGUUUGAGAUGUCCGCCAGCUGCAGCAUUCUCCACACUCGCGCAGAGAAGAACGUCCGGCGCGGCAAGUCUCGGUUGGGUGGUGGCGCAUCCGCUGUGUACGAGGACCCGCACCGGCUCUCCCUCAGGCGCCUCCGAAUCAGGGACAUGCUGGACGAGGACACUGAUUCCACUGAGCGCGCUUCGUAUCAUCACGGCAGAUCCGCCGGACACGAGGAGGGCAAGGAAGGCCAACCGAGGCUCGCCAUUGUCGCCGUCGGCGGACGCGGUCGCUGGGACGAACCACUGGUGUCGGGGGAGAUAUACGAUCCCGUGGUCGACAAGUGGGUUGAGAUUGCCGGGUUUCCCACCGACGUCGGGCUGGCCUGCUCCGGCGUCGUCUGUGGCCGGACGUUCUACGUGUACUGCGAGUCCGACACGCUCGUCGCCUACCAUCUGGACAAGGGCUCCUGGGCCGUCAUCCAGACGCUCCGCCCGCCUCCGCGGCUCCGCGACUACGCCCCGACGCUGGUGUGCUGCGCGUCGCGGCUGUUCAUGCUCUGCGUGUCGUGGUGCGACCGCCACGAGCCGGUGAGCCGUAGGGAGAAGGUGGUGCGGAAGCUGUUCGAGCUUGACCUCGGCUCGCUCCAGUGGACUGACGCGUCGGUGCACCCGGACGCGCCGAUGGAUCCCCACGCCGCGUUCGCCGUCGGGCAGGACAGGAUCUACGCCGUAGAGAUGUUCAGGAUCUUCGGUAAAGUGCUUGAUUUCGUUACUGCCUGCCGGGUUUCGGACGCCGAACAGAUGUGGAGCCGGGUUGGCCGGGAAAACGCGGCGACGGAGGCCGACUCCAUGUCAUGCAGGCUCAAAUCUAUGGCGGUGCUGCACUUGUAACUGCUGCUUACUUUUGAUUUUUUUUUCUUUCUUUAUUCCUUUCUUCCUCCUUGUGUGUUGUAGCUUGUAGCGUAUAGUCUGGUUGCACAGAUUUGUCGUCAUCACGGCUUUUCCAUUAUUCAUUUAUUUGUAGGCGAAUCAUACUCGUGGUUCCCGAGAUUGUUUUGUAUUCUGUGACAGUGAUCAGACUCGUAUUCUCAACAUCUGUAUCCGGUACUACCAACUAUUCCAGUUACUGUAACAAACAUUCCAAGGUCUCAGAGUAUUGGCCACAUUUCA